UUAAUAUAUAUUUUGCAGUGAAAAGAUGCCAUCCCUUUGGUGUCCUUUCUUUAAUAACAACGAUCCGAACCGAAGGGCUAGUAAUGAAUUGGAUAAGAAAAUAGCCGUUUGGAUGAAACAAUACAAGAAGUCUAUUAAAUUGCUUUUAUUAGGCGCCGGUGAGAGCGGAAAGACUACAAUCAUUAAACAAAUGAAAAUUCUUCACAUCGAAGGCUUUUCUGAUAGUGAAAGGAAAGAGAAAGUCCAUGAAAUCAGAUGUAAUUUAUUAGAAGCCAUUAAAGAAUUGACAGAGAAUAUGCCAUACCUUAAGCCUCCGAUAACUUUAUGCAACAAUAAUAACCAAAAGAGUCUAGACUUUGUACAUAAUCUGGAUAUGUCUACCGCAGCCAACUAUCAUUACCCGGAAGAGUUCUACGAUCACGUUAAACGUCUCUGGAAUGACCCCGGAGUACAAGAGUCAUACCGCAGAUCCAAUGAAUUCACUUUAAUUGAUUGUGCAAAAUAUUUUUUGGAUAAAAUCGAUGUAAUACGUGGUGAAAACUAUAAGCCGUCAGAUCAGGACGUAUUGAACUGUCGUAAGAGGACGAGUGAAAUACAGAGAAUUGAAUUCGAAGUGAAAGUUCCGCUUCAAUUCGGAGGCGGGUCUCAAAUGUUUUGGAUGUUUGACGUCGGAGGACAGAGAGGGGAGAGACGCAAAUGGAUACAAGUGUUUGACGGCAUAACCGCUAUACUGUUUUUAGUGGCGAGUUCUGGAUUUGACACCAAUCUUAGAGAAGACAAUCAGACGAAUCGACUCCGAGAGUCGCUGUCACUGUUCGAAGACGUCUGGAGCAGCAAAUUCCUGAUCGAUUCCGGUUUCAUACUAUUCCUCAACAAACAGGAUGUACUCAAAGAGAAGAUCGAAAGGGGCUCUAAAAUAGUCAACUAUUUCGCCGAAUACGACAAUUAUGUCAUGUCUGCCAAAGACGGCGACCCAAACGACCCGUACUUAAAGGCGCGCUGUUUUAUACGCGAAAUGUUUCUAGAGAUCACUCGCAAACCGCCGGAUCACAGGAAGUUCAGUACUUCCAACUAUGUUAACCAAAACUCCAUUCAUGAUAAAAAGCGGGAGUGUUUCUGUCACUUCACGACCGCCACCGACACCAACAAUAUAAAGCGUGUCUUCGAGAACGUCCACACAAUGAUCAUAAUGCAAAACUUAGAGCACAUCGGACUCACAUAACUCGCACUUAACGUACAUUUUAUAAUCAAUUACUCGCCUUUUUUAGCAC